AUGUUUCAUGCGAAUAGAGCUUUUGAUUAUAUUCUCGUAAGGGAAUCUACGGGGACACAGUCAGCACGGUCUUCUGAUGACAGUGAUGGGCCAAUUGCUAUAAAAACACAUUUGCAUUGUCAUUAUCCUGCAAACAUUAAGAAAAUUCUACUGACACGCAAAUAUCAUGAUACAAAUGUUUACAGUGAUAUUGGUAUCCGAGUAAUAGGCGGUAAGAAACUUCCAAAUGGUGAACUUGCAGCCUUCAUAUCCGCUAUAAAUCGUGGAAAAGCUCGAGAAACACUUGGUGAAGUCAAAGAAGGUGAUCGAGUUUUGGAAUGGAACGGCGUGCUGCUAACGGGUAAGACAUUUGAAGAAGUGGAACAAGUGAUAGCUGCUAGUAGGGGUGAAAUUGAAAUUAUUAUUGCCAGCAAUUCAGUAAAUGAUCUUCAAGUAACAUCAUCCUGUCUAGGAAGAACUAAAGGGACAGAAAAAUGCAAAAUUAGAAGAGGACAGAAAUACGAUGAACUGUGUAAUCAUUCACAGAAUUCGGAAGCACCACCAGUACCAGCACAUCGUUACACCAAUGGGCGGUUAUUCUCCUCUUCAGAUGCUUACUCUGCUUCGAAGUCAGUGUCAAACAACAAGGCAGUCUCUUUAGCGCCAUUUAGUUAUGUUUCAAGCACUCAGCAGCCUGGAACAUCAGGUUUUCUAAAUUUGAUGCUGUCAUAUAGUCGAUCUACAUCAACACUUUUUGUGACUGUGCUUUCGGCUCGGAAUCUUGCAUAUCGUCAAUACUGUGACACAAUAUCCUAUCCGAAUCCUUUCGUAAAAGUCUACUUGUUGCCUGGAAGAAAAGUAGCAAAUAAACGUCGAACUAAAUUUGUGCCAAAUACCUCAAAUCCAGUAUGGGAUCAAACACUGGAGUAUUCAUUACAGUUUGAUGAAUUGUUUAAUCAUUAUUUAGAAUUCACAGUAUGGGACUAUCACAAAUUCAAUGAUAAUAACUCAUUGGGACAACUUAUUAUCAGUCUUUCUGAUCCUCAAGUUUUGUAUGGUACUCCGCGGUGGUAUCCUUUGUAUACAACACAUAAUAACCUUGUACCCAACUUUCUCAGUUCACAGUUUCAACCAACCAUCGACAGUACAGAAGAAUGCAUUGUGCCUCAUUAUAAUCCAGCAUUCUUGGAUAUUGGUUACCCAGCCAUAUGCUGA